AUGAGUGACGUAGAGAAGGAAGUUAAGGAAGUCCAGGAAGUACCAGCUGAUGAAGCAGAAAAGAUUCAAAAGGCUCUUUCUGACCCAACAAAGAAGAGAAAGGCUGAGGAUGAAAUUGAGAUUGAUUUGAGUCAAACUAUCCCACUAUCUAAAAAGCAGAAACGUCUUCUAAGAAGAGGAAAGAUUACUUUAGAAGAACUGAACGCUAAGUUUAACCUAGAUCCAUCAUCUGUAGAUGAAUUCCACAAGGAAGUCGCUGAAAAGGAGAGAGGUAAAGACGGUGAAUCGAAAGAUUCUGCUAAAGAAUCUGAGUCUUCAGUCAAGGAUUCUAGAAAGAACGGUGUGUGGAUCGGUAACUUAUCUUUCGACACCACUAAGGAGGAUAUAACUAGAUUCAUUGUUGGUAAGACAAAAGGAACGGAUGUUGAAAUCACUGAAGAGGACUUGGUUAGAGUCAACAUGCCUUUAGCUAAGAAUGAUGGUAAACAAAUAAAGAACAAAGGUUUCUGUUAUGUCGAUUUCAAAACACAAGAGCAAGUUGAAGCCGCUAUUAAAUUGAGCGAGUCUCAACUUAAUGGUAGAAACUUACUAAUAAAGAACUCUAAAAGUUAUGAAGGAAGACCCGACAAAACCGAUUUGGUAUCUAUGUCUAAGAACCCACCAUCUAGAAUUCUGUUUGUUGGUAACUUGUCGUUUGACACUACCGAUGAACUAUUAAGAAAGCAUUUCCAACAUUGUGGUGAGAUAGUUAAGAUUCGUAUGGCCACUUUCCAAGACAGUGGUAAAUGUAAGGGUUUUGCCUUUGUAGAUUUCAAAAAUGAAGAAGGUGCCACAAAUGCUCUGAAGGACAAAUCCUGCAGGAAGAUAGCAGGUAGACCAUUAAGAAUGGAAUUUGGUGAAGAUAGAAGCAAAAGACAAGUUAGAAAGAGGCCUGAUGCUGCACCUAAGAAGAGCUUCGACUUGCCUAACCAUGAUGCUGUUAGCAGACCGCCUAGGGAAGAGAAGUCAUAUAAUGAAAAGAAGCCAAGGCAAAGAAACUACGUCGAAUCUAACAACCGUGUAAAGAGUAGUAUUGCGUUGAAGACCGCUCAGAGAGCAUCUGCCGCCAUUGUUCCAUCUCAAGGUAAGAAGAUUACAUUUUAA